AUGACGUCAUCAGUUUCUGAGCAGGCUGCGCCUUUAAUCAGUGGAGAGGACCUGGGAAUUGCUUUAAUCGUUACCGUUGUGGGUCUGUGUGGCUUGUUCAGCCUGCUCGGCAUAGUGACCAACGUGACCAAUCUGGUGGUCUUCGCUAAGCUAGGGUUCCAGGACAACAUAAACAUCAGUCUCAUGGGUGAGUUAAUCACAGGCUUAAUCACGGCUUUCAUCACGUUCGAGAGAUGUCUGUGUAUCGUUCUGCCUCUGCGGGUCCGGACAAUCAUCAGCCCCGGAAGGACAAAGCGUCUCGUCGUCUCCUUGUUCCUCCUCUUGUUCUGUCUCUUUCUGCCUUGCUACUACACAAACCAGCUGGCUUGGGUAUUUGUUCCCGAGAGGAACACGUCGAUACUAAAAAUAACCCGCACACCCGCCCUUGAGGUCGUCAAUCAGAUAAUUAGUAUGACCCAGGGCGUCCUAAUCAACACUUUCUCCUUCGUGACUGUCAUCAUCUGUACCACGGUCCUAGUCGUCAAGCUCAACAAAAAGACAAAAUGGAGGAAAGCGACAGCUGGUAAAGGGAGCGGUGGGUCGGGAGAUUUAGGGCUCAAAGAGAAAAAGGUCGCAAAAACGGUGACCUUCAUUGGCGCCAUCUUUAUCGUCUGCUCCUUGUAUUCGACAGUGGUGUUUUUCUGUCUGGUUAUAGAUACAGACCUGUUCGUUAGAGGUAAGAAUGAAAACCUCUUCCUUCUCGCCAACUCCAUCAGCAUCUUGCUGACUACCAUCAACUCGAGCGUGAACAUGUUUGUCUAUCUGAAAAUGAGUUCAAAGUACAGGGCGGUGUUUCUUCAAACGUUUGUAUGGUCGGAUUGA